AGGGAUUUAAAAGCGCCACACACUCGCCCUUCCUUGAGCAGUGUUGGUAAGCGGUGAGCUGGAGGAGCAGAGGAGCUUCUCGUCGCCAUGAAGAUAACAGCGAUAAGAGGCGGCCUGGCGUGGGCGUUGCUGCUGGUGGGCGUGGCAGCGGCGGCGCCCUCGAUACCUGAAGGCGUGGAGGGGCUGCCGGGGAAGGUGGAGGGCGUGGAGGAGCUGCAAGUGGUGGAGGAGGAGCAGGAGGAGGAGGGGGGGCGAUACAAGCGCAUAACCGCGACCGACAGGGAAGGGAAAAUGUUCGUCCUGAGGUGGCAGAUCCGGCAGAUGGCGUGCACCACCCAGAACACCACGCAGUCGGAGGGCACGUGUCUGCCCUUCAACGACUGCGACCUCAACGGCGGCAUCACCUCGGGGACGUGCUCCAGCGGGUUCGCAUCCUGUUGCCUGCUUCAGCGGACCUGCGGAGGAUCGACGAGGUACAACAACACCUACUUCGUGAACCCCGGCUUCUCGGACGCUGACACGGGGACAGGCUCGUGCACACUCAACGUCAACCGGAUCAACAAUGACAUCUGCCAGCUCCGCCUCGAUUUCCUGGACUUCGAACUCGAGCAACCAGACGCGGCCGGGAACUGCAUCACCGAUUACCUCUCCGUGAGCCCUUCCCCCGCCCCUCAGAUCUGCGGCACUAACAGUGGCCAACAUAUGUACAUCAACGUGCAGUCCAUGAGCGGCCCCGUGCAGCUGAUGGUGGACCGCUCGGCCGCCUCCACGGCGCAGCGGCGGUGGAACAUCAAGGUGGCGCAGAUCCCGUGCAGCUCCCAGUUCAGAGCCCCGAACGGAUGUCUGCAGUACUUCACGGGCACGUCAGGCAACGUCCGCAGCUUCAACUACGACGAGUCGCCUUCAGCACGAGACGCCGGCGGCGUUACAGGUACCCGCCAGAUUGCCAACAAUGACUACGGCGUCUGCGUGGAGAUGGCGGAGGACAACUGCGGUAUCGUCUGGACACGCAACACCUCGGGCGGCCAGUACGGCUACUCGGUCUCGGGCAACGCCAAUAUGGUUCUCAGGAGCAUCAUAGGCACCAGGGACGCGUCUUCCAUUGGGGACCAGUGCACCACCGACUACGUGCUCAUCCCAGGUGGAAAGACCGACACGGGGGAGCAGGUGGAUAGACUGUGCGGCCUUGGCUUCCCCGACGCUGUAGUCUCCACCACCAAGCCCUUCGCCAUCAGCAUGGGCGGCAACUGGCGCGGGCUGCUGGUGGUGUGGGCGGUGGUGAUAGGCAGCGCUUUGUCUUUCAGCGUCAUCAGCCAGGAGGAUGAGGGACAAGAACUACUACAGCAGCAGGCGAAGGGCGAGGGACUAAUACCAGAGAGUCAUCGUGAAGACAAAGUGUUGUUCGUCUUCGCACAAGUCCAGGCCGUCGAGUGCAACACCAAUGGCUCCUCGGUCUCGACGGGGACCUGCCUCACCUCCGGCGACUGCGCCGACCGGGGCGGCACAGCGUCGGGCUCCUGCUCCGACGGCUUCGGCGUCUGCUGCGUCGUUACGAGGUCGUGCAACCAGGAGACGACGAUCAACAACACGUACUUCCAGGAGCCGGACACCGUCAGCACGCUGGGCGCCUGCUCCCUCACCGUCAACAGAAUCAACAAAAACAUUUGCCAGAUCAGGCUGGACUUCCUGCAGCACGACCUUUCUCAACCGGACGCCGACGGUACCUGCACGAAGGACUUCAUGUUACUCUCGGGCGGCAUAUCGAACCUCCCGAAGGUCUGCGGGACCAUCACCGGCCAGCACAUGUACUACGAUCUGGACCCGAAUGGCGGCGCCGUGAAGGUGACCGUGGACCGGGCCUCGACGGCGUCCCUCACCACCGCCUGGAACAUUAAAAUCUCCCAGAUACCCUGCGACUCCAAGUACCGGGCGCCCGUCGGUUGCCUCCAGUACUACACCGAAACUACCAACGUCGUCAAAAGCUUCAACUACGACGGCGUACCCGAAACACACGGCACGCAGCAGCUGGCCGGGAUGGAGUACGCCGUGUGCAUCAGACGCGCCGACAACUACUGCGGCAUCACGUGGGUCGCCAACACGGACUCCGACCCUUACUCCUUCACCAUGACCGAUAACGCGAAGGUGGUGGAGGAGUCAACUCUCGGCACUCGCUACGUCUCUACGCGGGGCAACAAGUGCAUCUCGGACUUCGUGGUCAUCCCCGGCGGCCUGUACACCACCGACGGCAACGUGAUGACGCACAGUGACCGCUACUGUGGCCUCGGCUUCCCGAAUUCUGUGUCCUCCACCUCGAAGCCCUUCGCCCUCUACGUCAAGAGUGAUACCAACGAGAGCACGGAUUUGUACAACCGCGGGUUCAGCCUCACCUACCGCCAGACGUCCUGUAGCUAAGACCUCCCUGCACACACCUCGCGGCAGUCACCUCCGAACCAAGACCAAGACCAAGACGCCUCAGGUGACGGGCGGCAGGUGGCAACGCACGGCUCUGGCACUCACCAUCACGUGGCUAGGAGCUUCCCGGGCCGAACAUGACCCCCGACUAGAAACUGUGCAUCUCCCCAAAUUCCUUCCUUCUUGAUACUCCCGUUAUCUCAUUGUGUGUGUUUUGUUUCGUGCAGUUUUCUUUAUAUUUGCUAAUUCAUUUGUCUAUAAUUCAGAGCACGUUUCUUUGUUGAUUUCAUACUUUUUUUUUUUUCGUGGUUAUUCGGUAUGUUUUCUUGUCUUUGUUUUCCAUGUUACAUCCAUUGUUUGUCAUCGUGUUGUUUUGUAGAGUUUACUAAGUUAUUUUGCUGUUUUUUUUUGUCGCUACGUUCCUAUCUUAUUCACAUUAGUUUCAUUUUAUUACUUUCUUACGUCCUUAUCUUCUUAUCAUUAGUUUCUUUGUAUUAUUGCGUUGUUCAUUUUUCCUUAUUUUUUACGUUAUUUAUGUUGUCUUCUUUUGCUUUAACUAUAUUCGUCACGUGAUCGGGUUGUUGGUGUGUUGUAAAUCAAUAGAAUGUGUCAUGUAAGCUAUUUGCAUAACUAUUUAUUUGUCAACCUUUUACUCUUUACUACUAGCUACACUUCCUCCCUCGUUCGAUCACGUGGCCCAAAUGUUGUUAUGUGCUGUAAAUUAAUAAACUGUUGUUAUA